AAUGCUCCUGGAGCGCAAUGAGGAGCUGCAGCGGCAGCUGGAGACGCUGAGCGCCCAGUACUCUGAGCGUGAGGAAGAGUCAAUUCAGACGUCACUUCCUCCUGAAGGAUCCCCUACCCCACCCCGCUCCUCUUCAUCACUUCCCAGGGCUUCUCUACAGCCCGUACUGUCCCUCCCAAACUACCUGGCUCAAGCAUGUGUCCACUUGUCUAUGAUCCUGUGACCCUAAGCUGCUUGGGGCAGGGGACUUGGUGGUGUCACUUCCUGCUGACAGCCAGACCCCAGAACAGGAGGAGCUCAGGAAAGGGUAGAGGAAUAGAUGGAUGGAUGGAUGGGAAUCAGGGAUAUUAUGGGACUUGCGUGGCCACAGAGCAGCAGCAGAGCUGGGCGCCAGCCGGGACAAUCAGACCCCAAAGCUGCGGGCUUAAUCCUAGAGCUGUGUUGUCCCCACAGUAUUUGGUUAAGAGCUUGGCUGCCUGGGUUGGAAUCCCUGGUUCACUAACUCACUGUGUAUUCUUGGGCAAGGCAUUUAACGUCUCUGAGCCUCAGUUUCCCCAUCUGUAAAAUAAGAAGGACCUUAACGAUUCGAACUCUAGUGGAUUCAAUGAAAUAAUCCAGGUAAAGCGCUGACACGGGACCUGGUGGGUCCCUGCUCCUAACUGCAGCUACCUGCUGAUAAUCACAACAGCUCUGGCAAGUGUCACCUUCCUGCUUUGACAGUCCAUAGAGAGUGGGGGCCGGGGGCGGGCCCCCAACUUGCCCGCCUCCCCAAGCUGGGCAUCUGGGUGUGCCAGGCGCGUCCCCCCGCUUGUCAGACAGGUUUUGGGGAGGCAGGCAGAGGCAUGGGGCCAGGGCGGGGCUGAUCAGGGUUAAUUAGAGGGAGCUGGCCAGGAGGCGCUGGGGAGAGGGGCUGAGAAGGGGCCAGGUGGAGGCUGCACUCCAGAGUCCCUGGGACACAGGGGUGUGAGGCCAUGGGCCGGGGCCUAAAUUCAGCCAGACUCCGGCGCCAGAAACGGCGCCUGCAACCUCGGGUUCAGAAACCCAGGCGACUGCCAGAGCGGCUGCAGCAGGAGAACCAUGAGCUCCGCCAGGGCCUGGCCGCACGGGGAGCCGAGUGGGAGGCCAGGGCUGUGGAGCUGGAGGGGGACGUGGAGGCCCUGCGGGCCCAGCUCGGGGAGCAGCGCUCCGAGCAGCAGGACAGCGGACGCGAGCGGGCACGGGCCCUCAGUGAGCUCAGCGAGCAGAACCUCCGGCUCAGCCAGCAGCUGGCCCAGGCCUCACAGACUGAGCAGGAGCUUCAGAAAGAACUUGAUGGCCUUCGGGGGCAGUGCCAGGCUCAGGCUCUGGCUGGGGCAGAGCUGAGGACACAGCUGGAGAGUCUACAGGGGGAGAACCAGAUGCUCCAGAGCCGCCGGCAGGACCUGGAGGCCCAGAUCCGAGGCCUGCGUGAGGAGAUGGAGCAGGGCCAGGGCAGACUACAGGCAACUCACGAGGAGCUGCUGCUGCUGAGGCGGGAGAGGCGGGAGCACAGCCUCGAGCUGGAACGCGCGCGCUCCGAGGCCGAGGAGGCGCUGAGCGCGCUGCACAGGCUGCAGCGGCGCGUCUCCGAGCUGGAGGAGGAGUCUCGCCUUCAGGACGCUGACGUGUCAGGCGCCUCGCUGCAGUCGGAGCUUGCCCAUAGCCUCGACGGCGACCAGGGCCAGAACGCGGAGGGACGCGGAGACGCCCCGGUGAGCUCGCGGCCCACCUGCCUCCAGACCACUCUGUCCCCGGAGACCCAGGAGGCGUCCAGCCACCAGCCGUCGCCCCAGGAGGAGAGCUUGGAGCCUCCCAAGAAGCGAGCAUCCCUGAGCCCACGAGAGAUACUGGAGGAGAAGGAGGCGGAAGUGGCCCUGCUGCAGGAUGAGAUCGCGCUGCAGCGGGCAGAACUACAGUCCCUGCGGGAGGAGCUGCAAAGGCAGAAGGAGCUGCGGGCGCAGGAGGACCCCGAGGAGGCCCUAAGCGGAGCCCUCUCGGACCGGGACGAGGCCGUGAACAAAGCCCUGGAACUGUCGCUGGAGCUCAGCCGCGUCUCUCUGGAGCGCGACUCCCUCUCCCGGGAGCUGCUUCGCACCAUCCGCCAGAAGGUGGCGCUGACGCAAGAGCUGGAGGCCUGGCAGGACGACAUGCAGGUGGUGAUCGGGCAGCAGCUGCGCUCGCAACGCCAGAAGGAGCUGAGCGCGGCCGGGUCCGCCCCGCGCCGCGCCGCGCCCCGCUUCUCGCUGCGCCUCAGCAAUCUCUUCCGAAGGACCUGAAGGCAGGGCCGAGGGGACCGCCUUGCCCUCUCUGGCUCACUUUCCUCUUCUGGCCAGUGGAGCAACAGAUUGUCUUCCAAACGGGGCUAGUGCCCUCCCCGCCCCGGGAGACUGGGCAGGGGCUCAGUGGGAGCAGGGGCCAGCUUUGGGGACCAGGGGCCCCAGGUGGGUGGCGGGAGCAGGUGGGGCAGAGCUGUCUAUUUUUCUAAUCCAUAUAGGUCUAUCUUUUCUAAGCACUAGGCCCCCUGGCCCUGGCAUGCUCCAGGACAGGGGUGGGGGUGGGUAUUUAUGUAUCAAGAUCAGAGUAAUAUAUAAAUCAUUACACCGA